UUUUUCUCUCUCUCUCUCUCUGAGGCUCGCUCUUUCACUUAACUUAGAAAGAGAAACACAAAAGGGAAAGUUCAUUUCUUUUUAAUUUUGUUUUAUUUUUUUGAAGUUGCUGAAAGGAAAAGGUUUGAAAAAAGAAACGAUUUUUGGUUUGGGGUUUUUUUUUUUCUUUGUAUUUAUGUUUUUGUUGGUUGCCUUUUAUGGGGCAUGCUUUUCAAUGGAGGGGAAUGGGAUCAAAGCAAGGGAUUUGAUUGAGGAGAUUUUUGGGCGGUAAUGGUGGGAUUUGAGAGCUAGGGUUUUUGGGUUUUUGUUGUAAUGUUGUGUUGUUGGGGUCUUCUUUAUUGUUUGGAUCUAAGGAUAUUUAGAUUGAGAAGCUCAAAAGGUUAAAAAAAAAAGUUUCAGCUUUUUUUUUUCUUUGGGUUUGUCAAAUGGAAGGAGGAACCAAAAAGGUUAAGUCUUUGGCUUUGGUUUGGUUGAUCUUUGCGCUGCUGCAUCGUCUGUGGCUUAUUUCUGCUAAUGUGGAAGGUGAUGCAUUGCACAGCCUAAGGACCAAUUUGAAUGAUCCUAACAAUGUCCUGCAGAGUUGGGAUCCUACCCUUGUCAACCCCUGCACAUGGUUUCAUGUUACAUGUAACAAUGAUAAUAGUGUCAUUAGAGUUGAUCUUGGCAAUGCAGCUUUGUCUGGUCAGCUCGUACCACAGCUUGGCUUGCUCAAGAAUUUGCAGUACUUGGAACUUUAUAGUAACAACAUAAGUGGACAAAUUCCUAGUGAUCUUGGGAAUUUGACUAGCUUGGUGAGCUUGGAUCUGUAUUUGAAUAGUUUCAGUGGUCCUAUUCCAGAGUCUUUGGGCAGGCUGUCAAAAUUGCGAUUCCUCCGGCUUAAUAACAACAGCUUGAGCGGUCCGAUUCCUAUGUCAUUAACUAAUAUCACGUCACUUCAAGUACUGGAUCUAUCUAAUAAUCGUCUAUCUGGGGAGGUUCCUGAUAAUGGCUCCUUCUCACUAUUCACUCCCAUCAGUUUUGCUAACAACUUGGAUCUGUGCGGCCCGGUUACCGGUCGCCCUUGCCCGGGAUCUCCUCCUUUUUCUCCUCCUCCUCCUUUUGUUCCACCACCGCCAAUUUCUUCACCAAGCGGGAAUAGUGUCACUGGUGCAAUAGCUGGAGGAGUUGCAGCAGGUGCUGCCUUAUUGUUUGCUGCUCCUGCAAUUGCAUUUGCAUGGUGGCGUCGGCGGAAACCUCAGGAAUUUUUCUUUGACGUACCUGCGGAGGAGGAUCCAGAAGUCCAUCUGGGGCAGCUUAAGAGGUUUUCCCUGCGAGAACUACAAGUUGCCACUGACAGUUUUAGUAACAAAAACAUUCUGGGUAGAGGUGGAUUUGGUAAGGUUUACAAAGGACGGUUAGCUGAUGGUUCACUGGUGGCUGUGAAAAGAUUGAAAGAAGAGCGUACACCUGGUGGAGAGUUACAGUUUCAAACAGAGGUGGAGAUGAUCAGUAUGGCUGUGCAUCGGAAUCUCCUCAGGCUUCGUGGGUUUUGUAUGACUCCAACUGAACGGUUGCUUGUUUAUUCCUACAUGGCUAAUGGAAGUGUUGCAUCAUGGCUAAGAGAACGCCCUCCAUCACAACCUCCACUUGAUUGGCCAACACGGAAGAGAAUUGCAUUGGGAUCUGCUAGAGGUCUUUCUUAUUUGCAUGAUCAUUGUGACCCAAAGAUUCAUCGUGAUGUGAAAGCUGCAAAUAUUUUGUUGGAUGAAGAGUUUGAAGCUGUUGUUGGUGACUUUGGGUUGGCAAAACUUAUGGACUAUAAGGAUACCCAUGUAACCACUGCUGUACGUGGCACAAUUGGACAUAUUGCUCCAGAGUAUCUUUCUACUGGCAAAUCUUCAGAGAAAACUGAUGUUUUUGGUUAUGGGAUCAUGCUUCUGGAGCUUAUCACUGGACAGCGGGCCUUUGAUCUUGCUCGGCUUGCAAAUGACGAUGAUGUCAUGUUGCUUGAUUGGGUCAAAGGACUUCUGAAGGAGAAGAAGUUGGAAAUGCUAGUUGAUCCUGAUCUACAGAACAAUUAUGUAGAAUCUGAGGUAGAGCAGUUAAUCCAGGUUGCUUUGCUAUGCACACAAGGUUCCCCAAUGGACCGGCCGAAGAUGUCAGAAGUAGUGAGGAUGCUUGAAGGAGAUGGGUUGGCUGAGAGGUGGGAUGAGUGGCAAAAGGUCGAAGUUCUCCGGCAGGAGGUGGAACUUGCCCCUCAUCCUAAUUCUGACUGGAUCGUUGACUCGACUGACAAUCUGCAUGCGGUUGAGUUAUCCGGUCCAAGGUGACAUGGCAUAGCUACAGUAAAAAAGAGGGAAAAAGUUUUUACUAGCUAUUUUUUAUGAUAAUUUUUUUUCUUUUUUAUUUAAUGACACCAUAUCCUGAUUUAUGUCUCCUGUAAGCCCAAUUCCGCAUUGUAUUCAUUACAUUUGUGCAUAUGAGUCAGCUUUGUUGAGGUGCAAUUUGUAUCUUUCUGCUGCAGUUUGAACUGAGCCCCCUGAUGUUUCAAAAACAGUAGCAGCUGUGGCGGCCUAACCCAUAUUUGCACUUCAUGUUCCUCCUAGUAUUAAUUCUUCCAAA